GGGUGUCACACCGCACCAAAUUCCGUCACAUGAGUGUCGGUGUCUCACUGACGGAACAGUAGUGACGGUAAAACAUCUCGGUCUCUUUAUCGUUGUACUUGGUCUACAGGAGAGACAUCUUCGGUAGCUGUUCAGCAUGUUCAUGACAGCGGUCUUUUGAUGGGUUGCAAGACCUGAACAAAUCAGAUGAACUCUUGAUUGUAGGUCAGUGCUCACACCUGUAGCACUUGCGUGGACAUCUGUGAGCAGGCCGCUCCGCCUGUUUCUGUAUGGAUGGGAAUGGCAGCACCAGGUGCCUGUGGGAAUCCCUCACACACAACAUGGAGACACAUUUUUCUCAUUAUUACAACGGUCCUAUUGUUUAGUGCCCCUUCAGUUUGCGUACAGUGUCGAAUCCUGCGAUGCAACUCAGAUUUUGUGGCCGCGACACUGGAAAUGGGGGUCAUAGGAGGAGGGGGUCGGGAAGGGGGUAACGCCGUGUACUGCAGCGCACUGCGAUCUUACGCCCUCUGUACGCAGCGGACCGCCCGAGCGUGCCGCGGAGACCUGACCUACCACUCUGCAGUUCAGGGCAUCGAAGACCUGCUCAUUCAACACCGCUGCCCCAAAACGGGCCCCACAGCUCAGCCACGACCCCUGCCCCAGGCCCCGCUUUCAGGGGAUGGAUGCUUUUAUGAGAAAGGGUUUGUGCAGAGGGAGGGCCGGGCCCCUGAAUACCUGCACUGUGGGGUGUUCGGGGACCCUCAUAUCCGCACCUUCAAUGAUGAGUUCCAGACGUGUGCUGUACAAGGAGCCUGGCCUCUCAUAGAUAAUCAGUACUUGUACAUACAGGCCACCAGCACGACCACUAGAGGGCACUCUUACACAACUGUACUCACAAAGAUUACCGUUAUCCUCAAGAACUAUCGUGAGUGUGCCGAGCUCCAGAUAUACCAUGCAGAGGUGGAUAACGUUCCCCCAGCAUUCGAGGAUGGUUCCAUGACCGGCGGUGAUCGCAGAGGCCAUCAGAGCCUUCGCAUCACCUCUCGUGACCCCGGCCGACACGCCGAGAUCGUCGCUACACACAUCGGAACCACGCUGGUGGUGCGUCAGAUAGGCCGGUCGUUGAGUCUGUCUGUCCGCUCCCCUCGGGCGAUCGUUGAGUCUUACACACCCGAGCAAGACCUGCAGCUGUGUGUGUGGGGCUGUCCGGUCUCACAACGUCUUGGGACCCCAGAUGCAAAUCCAUCCACGCUUGCGCACUCUCACUGUUCGUCUGUGCUUCCUGUGCGGGAUGUGUAUUUUCAGGCUUGCCUGUUUGACCUGCAGGUCAUGGGGAACAUGAACUGUAGCGAAUCAGCUGUGGCUGCGUUGGAGGACGCUCGUGCCAUGAUCUCUGAUCCCGAGAGGGUUCACCUGCUGACGGGGAGGGCGGGUAACACACCUGCGUCUCUUCUGGUGAUCGUGGUGACAAGUUUGCUCACAGAGACCCUUAGACACGUUCUCUCAGGUCCAAUGUGAUGGCAAAAAGCCGAAUAAAGGGAUUGUGUGAUUAUUUAUAAGAUAUUUAUACAAUUUAUGCAAAACGUUUACAUCAAAGUGUAUGUUUUAUUUGAACAGAGGCUGUCUGGAACGGCCUUGCAUUGACUGUCGAUUCAUUUGUUUGCAGUGUUACAUGCAUACAUUUGUGAAUUUCUCUAUUAGGAGAAAUAUAAAUAAUAUAAAAUAUGCUGCAAGUUUUUACUAAAUAUUGUGUUUUCUCAUAUGUAAAUAAAGUUUGCUCAGGAAUAA